AUGGGCCGAAAGGCGCCCCAUAGAUCCUUACUCCUAGCAGCAGUCACCCGUGCUGUCACCAUGAUGGUGUUAAUCACUGUCACCCUUCCUGUCGCCACCGCCGCGGCGAACAAGCACUCUCCAUACAAGCACAUUCAACAACGGCAAGCGCAGCAAGAGCAGCAGCGGCAGCGCCCAUUCCUCACUAUAUUCACCGCGCCCAAGCCCUACACGUCCAUCCUCGACCCGUCCUCCCCGCACGCCGACCCGCAGCGCCGCGCGCUGCUCUCGUGGCUGCGCCUCCGCCCGUCCCCCAAAAUCGUUCUCCUGGGGAACGACUCCUCUUUCCGCGCGCUCGCGCGGCAGUUCCCCGCGCACGUAACGGUCGAGUCGUCCAUCGAUACGAAUUUCUACGGCGUGCCGCAGGUUCACAGCGUCGUCGCGCGCGCUCAAGCCGCGGACACGCCCGUCUCGAUGGUGAUUAACGCGGAUAUUAUUCUCAUGAAUGACGUCAUGGCUGCGAUGCGGAAGGUUCACGAGAACUUUCGCCACUGGGUGAUGACCGCGGCGCGGUGGGACAUGCCGGAGGAGUUUCCGUACUCGUUCGAGCGGGAAAUGUGGGCGGGGCGCGGGCACCGGGAACAUGAAACGACGAUUCGCGAGUUCGUACGUACGCACGGGACGCUGCACACGUACGGCGGGGUCGACUUUUGGGCGUGGAACAACGACGACCGUACGCCGGUUCCUCUGGUGAGAGGAACCGUACCGCCGUUCUCGUACGGCCGCGGCAAGUACGACAACUGGCUGACGCACGAGAUCAUCUCGUCGGGGCUUCGCGAAAUCGUCGACGCCAGCGAGGCCGUGACAGCCGUACACGUGGCGCACUCCUAUUCGCAUGUGAUGGAGUCGGCGUUCACGAAAAACGCGGCGGGAUUGGCGGGAAAAAGCUUCUGGAGCACGAGGAUGAACAGUAGCUGGGAGCUGUUCGCGAAUAUCCACCUGGCGCAUACACACGGGACGUACGCCAAUCAGAAAGGGACACCUCUCCACGUGCCAGUCAAGCUGAUGAACUGCCUGGAAGCUUCUGCCAGCUUCCUGUGUCUGCAAAGGCGCCUGCGCCCAGCUAUCUGCUCCUGCGAGUAUUCCUCUUCUGUCGCUUCUUCUCAGACGGACCCUCGCCUGAGCGCCAAGACGAACCAGUGGACGUGCGGCUCCGUCGCCCCUGCCAACGCCACUGACUACACCAUCCACGCCAUCCCACACACUGCAGUUGAUCUCCUACCAGUGCUGGCCCGCAGGGUCCCGGACGGGCGGGGGGGAGAGCUACAGGUGGUAACCCUAGUGGCGGUAACCGCGGGGUACGCGGAGAUGCUGAUGAGCUUCGUGUGCCGCCUGCGCUCCCUCGGCCUCGCCUCCAACCUCCUCGUUGCCGCGCUUGACGAGGACUUGUACCGAUUCGCCUUCACGCAGGGCCUGCCUGUGUACUACGAGCAGGCAAGUGAGGAGGUGAAGAACAUGCGGGCAUCAGAGUGUGGUUAUGGCAGCCAGUGCUUCCGCCACUUCACAAAACUCAAGUCCCGCUCCGUGCUCAAAGUCCUCAACGCCGGCUACUCAGUCCUUUGGACAGACGUCGACAUUGUCUGGUUCACCGAUCCUCUCCCGGACCUGCUCUCGUUCGGCCCGGGAACGCUCCCGAUCCAGAGCAACGAGCCGGACGCGAAUCUGCCCGGAACUGGCGUUCGGAGGAUCAACUCGGGGUUUUAUUUUGCCCGGGCAGACCGGAAAACAAUCGCGGCGUUUGAGGCGAUUACGGCACACGCAGCAGCGACAAAAUUGUCCGAACAGCCAAGCUUCUACGACGUUCUUUGUGGAGAGGCAGGGGAGCUAGUAGCUGCAGGGGCGGUUCACGGGUUGUGGGAGCAGAAGGAUGUGCGGAGGGCUUGUGCAAAGGUGGGGUGUUCUAUUCUGCAUAAUAACUGGAUUUCUGGGAGGGAGGAGAAGAUGAGGCGGUUUUUGGCGAAUGACAUGUGGCAUUAUGAUGCGGAGCGGCGCAUGUGCGUGUGGGAGUGGCACGGGAAGGUUCCGGCAGUGGUGCGGCAUGUGGGAGGAGGAGCGGGUGGAGGAGAUGGGAGUGGGGGGGUUGGUGGGGCAGGGCAGAGGAGAGGGAAUGGGAAGGGGCUUGAGAGCAAGAGGAUCCACAAGCAAGUGGCAUUAUAG